GCAGGUUGUGUAUUUUGGUUUUUCAUCCGCGUCGACGCGACCCGUAAUGACGGGCAAGGCUUAAUUACUCCCAAAUGUAUGCCACAUUUUCCGAAACACCUGGUUCUCGCUCAGUUUCGACCGUUCCUCGACACGGCGGUAAUUGGACGGAUCGGCGCCGAUCGAGCCACCGAGCCGCGAGAGACAAUAUGUCACCCCAGGAAGCGCUCGUUCCGCGUUCAAUGACAUUUCCAUGAGCUGUCGUUCCAUGAGCGUUUACGUAUGCAUUCGGACACCUCCGAUCGAAGUCGUUAAAGUGGAAGGAAAAAAUUGGAACAUCCGGUCGUAAUGGGCCAAAUGGUGGGACGUAUGCCGGACACGUGGGAGGAAUUACUCGAAGAAAGGAAUCGGGUACUUCACUGGAGUGCCGAGGUCCUAGCUCGGGUUGACGACAAUAUGACGAACGAGGACACGUUUCUAAUGGAUUACGACAACGACAGGGUAAACGAGAAAGUCGAGAAAUGGGUCCACAGUAACAGAGCUCGCGCGGAUGCAGUCAUCGCCAAAUACCCCGAUACAACCGAGGAUUGCAUCGCAAUAAUUGACAAUGGGAUGAUCAAGAUAAUCGAGGAGAUGAACAACAAAAUGCGGAAGGACUAUCGGAACGGGUACUCGGAGCUGAGGAAAUUUACAAAGCGAGUCGAUCGCCUCGGUUACAAAGAAAGGCAGAUCCACGCAUCGAUCGAGCGGCUCGAAUCGGAGUGCCAGGGUGAUCCGAAGAAGUUCCAGAAGAAGCUGGGCCCUCUCCGGUUGAAAGUCUUCGACAACCUGGAAAUAGCCGAGAAAAUAAUGUUCCAGGACAAGCGAUACAAGACGGCAUUCACAAAAAAGGUCUACGACAUCGACCACGAGAACAUGGCCGAGUGCGCGAAAAGGUUCGAGAAGCUCCUCGCGGAAUUCGAGAGGUGUGCACAGAAAUAAGCUGGAGCGGAGGAACGGCGAUUAAUGUUCCACUUCCUGAUACGGUUACGAGAUACGCGCCGGGCAGCGUUGAUUUUAAACGUCGAUAAAUAAGCAACAACCGGCUGUAUAUCGAGCCCCUGGAAAUAAAGCACAGCGAGAGGCGAUGCGAACGGAAAGCGGCACUCGAGGCACUCCCUUUCCCUUCCAUA